AUGAAGGAUCUUCAUUCAACACCUUUCCCUUCCCGUCACACCAGUCAAUGCGACUCCUGCGUUUUCCAGCACCAUUCGCUACGCAGUCCAGACUUUAGUCAAGCCUUGGUUGGUGGUCAGAAGGGCUACCAGACCUACCGGGACCUACCAUGGGAUCUUCAAAAAAUUCAUCAGCCAGCCAUCAGAAUACGACAUCUUGAGCCCUGGAAAAUUGCUGUAAUUGUUAUUGGAACAGCAGUUGCAGCAGCUAUCACCAUUGGUCUUCUAGUUUAUUUUCUGGCAUAUGAUCAGAAGCUGUUUUAUUACAGUGCCAAUGUAAAAAUCACCAACAUCCGGUACAGUAAUGAAUUGUCCAGACAGUCCUCAGGAAGGUUUAGAGACCUGAGCGAGAGGGUUGAGAGACUGAUCGACAAGACAUUUUACAAUUCCAUUUUAAGGAAAAAAUACAUCCGUUCACGCUUAAUCAGAGUGAGCCCAGAUGCUGAUGGUGUGAUGGCAGAGGCUUUGCUCACAUUCUGGUUCUCCUCCACGGAUUCUAGAGAAGCAUUGCGAGAAAGAGUUGAAAGAAUCUUACGGAGGGGCCUGAAAAAAUACAAAGGGCCCCUGCGAAUAAAUGUCAGAUCUUCUACCAUCUCAAAUAUUCCAACGAAAAGAGCAGAAGCCCUCUUCAAUGACAUCUGUGGGUUACGGCAGAAUAGAUCAGUCAAGUCAAUGGCAAAAUCAUCAUCGUUGCGAGUAGUUGGCGGAUUGUCUUCUGCAGAGACCGGGGACUGGCCGUGGCAAGCUAGUCUGCAGUACAAUAAUAUCCACCGCUGUGGUGCAACGCUCAUCAGCAAUACGUGGCUGGUGUCUGCAGCUCACUGUUUCAGAGACAUGAGUCACCCUCAGAAGUGGACUGCUACUUUUGGAGCUCUUUUGAAGCCACCAAGCUUGAAACGUUCUGUCAAGACUAUUAUUAUUCAUGAAAAGUACCGCUACCCAGAACACGAUUAUGACAUUGCACUUGUGCAGCUCUCUAAACAUGUUGAGUUUACGAGUAGCAUACACCGCGUUUGUCUGCCUGAGCCAUCUCAGACUUUUCCGUGUGAUAUUUAUGCUGUCAUCACAGGCUGGGGAGCGCUUACCAAUGAUGGUCCAGCUCCAAACGCUCUUCAGGAAGCAACAGUGAAACUUAUCGACUCAAACACUUGCAACAGAGAAGAAGUGUACGGUGGGGACAUAACACCAAGGAUGUUGUGUGCUGGAUACUUGGAAGGAGGAGUAGAUGCUUGUCAGGGGGAUUCUGGGGGACCACUGGUUACUCCAGACUCUAGACUGAUGUGGUACCUCGUGGGAAUAGUGAGCUGGGGAGACGAAUGUGCCAAACCAAAUAAACCUGGAGUUUACACACGAGUGACUUACUUCCGUGACUGGAUUACCUCAAAAACUGGCAUCUAA